AGAUUGUCAGAUUUUUCCAACAAAAAACAUAGAAUUAUAUGUGGCAUCCCUGCCAACCAGAAAUCAAAAUUCAAAAAUAAUAAUUAGAAUUAUUCUACGCAGUACGCGAAAUAAGUUCGGUAAAUUUUAUAAAUUGAAUGUCUACGAAAACAGUUUUGGGGGCCAAGACUCCCGUUACAGAGCUACAAGAAUUAUGCGUUGCUCGUAAAAGUGGCCAUCCUAUCUACGAGUGCACCGGUGAAGAAUUCGAUAGUACUUUACCAAAUACCAAAAUUUUCAAAACGUCUGUGACAGCACUUGGCCGGACGCACACCGGAUUUGGUCAUUCAAAAAAGGAUUCCAAGCACGAUGCUGCGUUGAGACUGCUCAAAGAGCUGUUAGAACAAGGAGAUACAACUAUGGAUGAAGAUCCAAUUCUAUGUCUAUCGGUUCUCUCGGAUAAAGUAACUGAAGUACGAGACAUUUGUGUUCAACGAAAUUUUCCACUACCGGAGUUUGAGUGUGUGCGUAGCUCUGGGCCGUCGCAUGCUCCAGAGUUUGAAUAUGAAUGUCGUAUCGGUAAAAUCAUUCGACAUGGAAUACAUAAAACAAAGAAAGGUGCCAAGCAGGCAGCCUGUAGCGAAAUGAUCAAGACACUGCAAGCGAUGCCAAUGGAUGAUAACGAAAUGCAAAUCCAGUCACUAAAUCAAGCGGCAGAAAAAAGUGUUAACGAAAAUGAACGCAUAUUUCGGACUUAUAGAGAAUACAUAAAAUCUGAUAUAAAGAAAAAACCAGGAAAGAUCAGCGAUAGGCAUAGAUGGUUCGAAGAAAUGGAGCAGUCAAAAAUUAAGGCAGUUAAAAAUAUUAUGAUGGAUGACCAUAUGACUCAAAGCGAUAUGUGUACGCUUAUUCCGAAAGCUCUAGGUUUAAAGUAUGAAAUGAAAUUAGAAAACAGUAACAUUCAAUCGGAAUUAUCACAGAAGGUUUACUCUUUCGAGCUAAUCAAUAGUGAAUAUGAUUGUUAUAUUUUUGGUCAAGGAGAGCAAUUUUUCGCAGCUGUUUACAACUAUUUCAAAACAAUGCUGAAUUUUUGAUGAAAUGUGAUAUAUGUAAAUUAGCUUAUUUUCUAACACACUCUAUGAAGCAAAAUGUAAUUCGUUUUCUAAACCUAAGAAUUAUUUCAUUAAUACAAAUAUGUAUGUUCCAGAUAAAAUACGCGAUUUGAAAGAUUAUCAAUUGUUUUGAAUAUUUAUGCAUCUAUCUAUCCAUCUAUGCAUUGUCAACUAGCGGUAUAACUUAUUGAUUAUCAGAUGAUAUAACAGGAUCUUUAAGAGUAUUCAGAUUUUCGCUAGCAACAUCUUUUGACUCAUUACAAACAAUGGGCAAUUCUGCGCCAACGGAGUCUAUUGCUUUUUCUUCAGUUUUGAGCUUUUCGGUACCCUCGUCAUCCUUAGAUUUUCUUUCCUUACGACAAAAACGGUCCUUCGAGCUGUAAAAAAAAACAAUGUUCUAUUAUUAACAGUUCCUCAAUAGUUCCUACAUUAAACUAGUUACGUCACAUGAACUGUCCCGCAACAGUGGUCUUAUAAUCAUUCAGUACAUUUUAUGGGAAACGCUAUUGUCGAAAAAAGUCUAAAGAGAACUCUAUUUCUGCAGACCAAGUUUUUUAAUGCGCAGAGUAUAAAGUUAUUCAACACAAGAAUACAUAAAAAUCGUAAUUUUCGCAAAAAUAUGCAAUGUUUCCAUAAUAAUGUGAAUUCAGUAAUACCUCGAUAUAAACCAACAUUAUUUUUAUUUUCGUUACGUUAUAUCGAAGCAAAACCGAAAUUCAUUCCUAUUCGAACGAAAUUACUGUUGAGCAUUCUGAUUUCAUACAUAAUUUUUCCAAAAAUGUUACUCAACAGAGUGACCUAUAUCCACGGGAUUUUUAAAUAGACAGAAUGAUGGUCAUUCUGUUUCACAUCGAAAAUGCAACAUGAAAAAUCCACUAUAAAAUAUCUCAUCGCGGUUUAUGGAAAACAUCUCACUUUUGACAAAUGAAUGGGCAAGUAAGUAGAUCACUCUGUUGCGAUUCGACUUAUUUCACAAACAUCAAUCUGGUCUCCUAUGAAAACCUGAAAAUCAAAAGAAAUAAAAUUCAACAAGCUGAUUUCGACUGUAAAAUACUGUAAAACAAAUAAGGCUGAAGAAUACAUAAAGUUAAAAUAAAAAAGAU